AUGAUAACAUGUAUGCAAGAAUUCUACGUUCGUUUCAAGGGCCCGGAAGAGACACCAUUCACCGGAGGCCUCUGGAAAAUCCACGUCGAAUUGCCUGAUCAGUACCCAUACAAAAGCCCAAGCAUCGGAUUCGUCAACAGAAUCUUCCACCCAAAUAUCGACGAGCUGUCGGGCUCGGUCUGCCUUGAUGUGAUCAACCAAACGUGGUCGCCGAUGUACGAUAUGCUCAACAUUUUCGAGGUCUUCCUUCCCCAGCUCCUUCGUUAUCCCAACCCUUCGGACCCUCUCAACGGGGAGGCAGCAGCGCUGAUGAUGAGGGAACCCAAGGCAUAUGAGGCAAAGGUGAAAGAAUAUGUUGCCAAAUACGCUAGCAAAGAGGCCGUGGAUGACGCAGGCGAGGAUACGGAGUCUGAAGAUGAGCUAAGCUCAGCGGGGAGCUACGAGUCAGGCGGCGAGGAGCCUGCAGGUACAAUGGACGAUGUCUGA